AACAUAUAAACAACUAAUUACAUAAAAUACAAAUCAUGCGAUUUGGGCUUAUACUAAUCUUUUUGACCAUUGGACUUUUCAUUGAGAAUGUCUGUGGUCAAACUGAAAGAUCACAGAAAUCGGAUUAUUUUAAGACCUCUGAGGGAGAACAUAAACAAAAGAGGGAUACGGAAUUAAUACCAGAGCAAGAUGAUCCUCUCUUAAUAUUUUCUACAUUAGAUGGUUCCUUGGUUGGUAUAAAACAACGCUCUGGGAAUGUGCUCUGGCGACAAAGCGAUGGUAUUGUUAAUAGAACCAAUUGUCAAGGUACCAGUUGAUCUUGGCAGGACUUCCAUGCCUAUGUUUUUACCAGAUCCAAAGGAUGGUUCUUUGUAUAUAUUUGGGGCAGAAACUGAAGCUCUAAAAAAGCUGCCAUUCACCAUUCCACAACUUGUGACUAAUAGUCCUUGUCGUAGCAGCGAUGGAAUAUUAUAUACUGGUAGAAAGAUUGAUACUUGGUUUGGUAUUGAUCCUAGAACUGGUGAAAGGAAGCAACUACUAGGAUUUGAUGAAGUUAAAAAUACUUGUCCUCUAGAAAUGCAGAAUGUUGUAUUUAUGGGACGUACAGAAUAUAAUAUCAUGAUGGUGGAUAGCAAGCAAAAGAAUCGAAAGUGGAAUGUUACGUUUUAUGAUUACACCGCUACAAAAAUGGAACCUGAAGGAAUAGAAAAUUAUGAUCUGGUUCAUUUUGCGACAAGUUCGACUGGACGGAUUGUUACUGUAGAUAGAAGAUUAGGAAUAAUUUUGUGGGAGCUGGAUGUACAGAGUCCAGUGAUAGCAGUGUACAUCGUAAGGGAAGAUGGCUUGUUAACAGUUCCUUUUACUAGUGUUGCAGAUCAAACUUUGAAUCUUCUUCUAAAACGUUUUGCAAACAAACCGAGCGACAUUCAAUUAUUUCCAACAUUAUAUAUUGGCCAACAUAGACACGGACUGUAUGCCUUACCAUCUCUUGUAGAUUCAACAACAGCCACAAUAUCGAGUAAUAUUGGUCAGUUGCUACUUGAAGGUCCAUUAUCAGUUCCACAAUUAGCAAAAAACGACAAUGGAAAUGUUUCUCUGUCUAAUUCAUAUUUUGACAAUACUGACUUUAUUGCUCAGACUGGAUAUCAGGCAGUCAUAACACUAGGUCACUACGAAAUACCAGCUGAAUAUAAAUUGCAGGAUCAACAACCACUUCAAAUUACUGGUCGGUCCGAUCCUGUCAUCGAAACAUUACCUUUGCAAUAUUUCAAUUCCACAAAACAAUCAUUAUUCAGCUUACAAAAUGAUGAUAAAUUUAACAACAAUGGAAAUAAUGGAUCGUGGCGUGAGUUGAUGCAGAAUACUUAUAUAAUGGGCAAGAAUUGGCUCAGUCAGCAAGAAAAUAAAGGAUUAAAAUUAACGUUAGUCGUAUUGCUGGGAUGUAUACUAGCAAUGUUCUGGUACUUUAACGCACAAUUUAAGGAGUUUCAACAACUUUCUCAGGGUUCUCGGGAAAAUAGUAGUACCAAUGAUUAUUAUGGAAUGCGAUUAAACACACUCGUAGUUCCUGAGGAUAUAGGUGAGGGAGUAGUCAAAGUUGGCAAGAUAACUUUCGAUACUGGACAAGUUUUAGGCAAGGGGUGCGAGGGAACUUUUGUAUAUAGAGGUAGUUUCGAUGGACGCUCUGUAGCUGUAAAGCGUUUGUUACCAGAUUGCUUUACAUUUGCCGACCGGGAAGUAACACUGCUCAGAGAAUCGGAUGCGCAUGCAAAUGUUGUGCGAUACUUUUGCACUGAGCAAGAUAGGAUGUUCAGAUAUAUUGCAUUAGAAUUAGCUGAAGCGACUUUGCAAGAUUAUGUGGCGGGAAAGUACGAUAAACGAAAAAUAUCCGCGAAAAGCAUUCUGCGACAGGCUACAUCAGGAUUAGCCCAUCUCCAUCUUCUUGAUAUAGUGCACAGAGACAUCAAACCUCACAAUGUGUUAUUAUCAGUCCCAGGACCACGCGGAGAAGUAAGAGCUAUGAUAUCGGAUUUUGGUUUAUGUAAGAAACUUCAAUUGGGUCGCGUGUCCUUUUCGCGUAGAUCAGGUGUAACAGGAACCGAUGGUUGGAUUGCACCAGAAAUGUUAAAUGGGAACAGAACUACUUGCGCCGUAGAUAUCUUUUCUCUUGGCUGUGUGUUUUAUUAUGUUCUUUCUGAUGGAAAGCAUCCAUUUGGAGAUCCAUUACGGCGGCAAGCUAAUAUUCUUUGCGGAGAAAGUGAUUUAAUGGCACUUCAUGAUGGAAUUUCCCAGAAUGACAAAGAGUUGGCGUUAGUGCUUAUAAAAGCAAUGAUCGCAAGUAAUCCAUCGGAAAGACCACCUGUAAUGGCGGUCCAUGAUCAUCCAAUAUUUUGGGACCCUGCUACAAUUCUUGCAUUUUUUCAGGAUGUGAGCGAUCGAGUGGAAAAAGACCAGAUCGACAGUCCGGCCUUAAUUGCACUGGAAUCUAAUAGCAUGCGAGUGUUACAAGGAGAUUGGAGAUUAAUUAUUGACAUAGAAGUUGCAACUGAUCUACGAAAGUAUAGAAGUUAUCGUGGCGAAAGUGUUCGAGAUUUACUAAGGGCAUUACGAAACAAGAAACAUCACUAUAGAGAAUUGAGUCCGCAAGCCCAAGAAAGCCUUGGGUAUAUCCCCGACAAGUUUACCGAUUAUUGGCUCUCUAGAUUUCCCACUUUACUUUCGCACGUAUGGUGUGCUAUGCAAGGUUUCCGCGAAGAGCCAACAUUAAGGGGAUAUUACCACGCUGAUUACAUAUUCGCAAAUACUUGUGAAACAGAAUCUUUACAGAUACAAAAUACGCGACCGACAGAUUACAUGAUAACGUCAAGUCCCUGGAAAGUCCAAGAUAAUAUAGAUUGGAGUCCGAAUAGAGCAAGAUGUCGUGGUCAACGAAGAAAACACGAAAAGAAAAAACUAGAAAUACCAGUUGCUUGGACCUUACCUUCGAAUUAGAGAAUCAAUGAGUUGUGGUUUUAUGUUAUUUUAUCAACAUGAUGUAUAUAUGUACUUCAUUAGCGAAGAGAUGAACGUACCUUUUCAGAAAUGCGCUCAAGUAACGACACUGCAAUUAUCAGUAGAUUUUUUAAAAAAGGUCAACUAACUCACUAAGCGGUGCAAAAAAUUGAAAAUAUUUGUAAAUAAUGCGAUACUAGUAAAGAAUAUUUGUAAAAAAAGAGGAAAAUAAAAAAAGACAGAAAGAA